CUAGAGCAAGAUGCCUGAGACAGUGAAAGCACCCAAGAAGGGAUCUAAGAAAGCCGUGUCCAAGGCCACCAAGACGGGCAAGAAGAGGAGGAAGACCAGGAAAGAGAGCUAUGCCAUCUACGUAUACAAGGUCCUGAAGCAGGUCCACCCCGACACGGGGAUCUCCUCCAAGGCUAUGGGCAUCAUGAACUCUUUCGUGAGUGAUAUCUUUGAGCGUAUCGCCGGUGAGGCCUCCCGUCUGGCUCACUACAACAAGCGCUCCACCAUCACCUCCAGGGAGAUCCAGACCGCCGUCCGCCUACUGCUGCCCGGUGAACUGGCCAAGCACGCCGUGUCUGAGGGCACCAAGGCUGUGACCAAGUACACCAGCUCCAAGUAAACACCUCUGCUUCAUCAACCAGUAAACCAAAGGCUCUUUUAAGAGCCACUCACUCAAACUAAGAGGUUCCUCUGUCUGGACAUCAGAAUGAAAAGGUUCUGAAUAUCAAUAAGAGUACACAUAAAUAUGAUUCAUCCUUUCCAUGGAGGCAGUUAAAGAGGUAAUCUGACCAUCUGCAGACUUUCCGUCCAUGUUUUAUAAUUACAAUUAACAUGAUAAGAAUCAGUUUCUAACGAUUUGCUUAUCCUAACUGCAAAGUCAGAUACAUUUAUGAAACCAUAUCAGUGAUAAGUCACAUUUUAACUCAGGGCACUUGAGGUUUGGGAAUGACUACGGGUACAGAUAAUACCUCGAGUUAAAUCACUACAAAUAAAUAUAAUAACUAAA